AUGCUGGGGGUGAACGUGGAUAUGGCAAGUGGGGGGGGGAUUGGCGGAGCGGGGAGCAUGGGGAGGCUGGGGGGCGGAGGGGGCCCGGACGGCGCUGGCGCUAGCCCUGGGGGGCUGGGGGAGAAAAUGGGGGAAGAUGGCGGCGGGUGGAAGAGCGGGGGCGGGGGCCGGGGGGGAGUCGGAGGAGUUGGGGGUUUCGGUGCAGGGGGAACAGAAGGGUGGGGAGCAGGAGGAGGGGGAGGGCAAGCAGCGGAUUCGGCGCCAAAUGUCCCGCCGUCCGCUGCCGUUGCUGCAGCGGGCGGCAUGGGAGGUCAGGGGAUGGAGUUAGCCGGCGGCGCGGCGGGAUCAGGACUGGCGGGGCUUUCCGCGCUGUCCGGAUUAUCCGCGUUACAGCAGGGCGGAUUAGACGUUAAGGUGAUCAUGGAGCUACUCCAGAGGGAUCGCGGAGGGGGAGAUAUGGGCGGAGGGGGGCCCGGGGGAGGCGGGGGAGAGGCGGAAGGACUGGGACAGAUGGGCGGCGGCUUAGGAUCAAUGGAUCCGAUAGCGCAGUUGGCGGCGCUCUCGGGGGAAACGGGGGAGGGAGGCGCAGGGGGAAUGGCAGCUGUGCUUGCGGCGGCGGCAGCAGCUGGAGGGUCAGCAGCAGCAGCAGCAGCUGCGGCCGGGGCACCCGGUCUCUUCACAUCUGGCUCUACCAGACGACUCCCAGGUGCCAGCAACCUGGGGGGGUAUACGAGAGGAGCUCCGAGGCAUGUACUCGGGGGCGGGGCGGCCGCCGCAGCCGCCGCAGCAGCCGCCGCGGCAGCAGGAGGCGGGGGAGGGGGAGCAGGAGGGUCGCACCACCGGCGCGCGCUUUCCCUGGGAUCCGCGGCGUUGCAGUUUGAUGGGAUUAGCAGCGGCAACAGCAGCCGCAGCAACAGCCCGCUCUCUGGACUUCGCAUGGCGUCCCAACACGGGCAGCACGGGCAGCAGCAUUACACGUCCGCCUCCCCCGGUUCGUACCUCAUUCCCCGCGCCGGUGCUAGCGUGUCCGGUGGCAGUGCCAGCAUGGGAGGAGGUGGCGGAAUGGCGGGUGGCGGAAUGGCAGGCGGAGGCGCAGGGGGGUUCCCUGGCGGGGGGGAAGGGGCUAAUGGGAUGGGGGGAGGCGGAAGCGGGCUGUCUUCCCCUGUGCGCCUUUCUUCACCGGAUACUGAACGUAUGAGCGCUGCUGUGGCGGCUUCCGCCAGUGGCAUGGGGAUGGGCGCAAGCAGGAUUGUUUCCGGGGGCGUUGGGGGGAAGGGAGGCGCUGCAGGGGGAGGAGCGGGGGCGAUGGCGCGCGGGGGGAAUGCGCGGGGGAAGUUGGGGAGGCGGGGGUCGGGGUUGAGUGGGGGGAGCGGGGCAGGGGGAACGGGAGGCGGAGGCGGAGGCGGAGGCGCUGGGGCGAGCUGGGCUUACGCAGGGGAGGAGGUGGGGGAAGGCGGGGAGGGAGGAGGAGGAGCAGGAGGAGGAGGAGGAGGAGGAGGAGGAGGAGGAGGAGGAGGAGGAGGAGGAGGAGGAGGAGGAGGAGGAGGAGGAGGAGGAGGCGGAGGCGGAGGGGGGAUGAUGGGGCUACAAGAUGAAGACUACUCAGAUAACGAAGACAUGGGGAACGCAUAUGGGGACAUGGAAACGGGCAUGCUCACACCGCCAGAGCUUCUAGGGGUAGACGGAGCAGACGCCAUGCUAGAGGAAGCCCGUAUGCUGAACCCCCACAGGCAGCGCCACUCCACGAAGCCCCGGAGCGUGGCCGAGAGGAAACGCCGUGAGAAGAUCUCGGUAAGGCUGCAGCAGCUGAAGGAUGCGAUGCCGAAGGCGGAAGGGAGGUUGGACACGGCGUCUAUGAUUGAAGACGCGGUGGCGUAUAUUCACUCGCUGAGGCAGCGGUGCCGGGCGCUGGAGAAGCAUAAUGUGCAGCUGGUGGCGAAGGACGCGAUGCCGAAGGCUGAAGGGAGGUUGGACACGGCGUCGAUGAUUGAAGACGCGGUGGCGUAUAUUCACUCGCUGAGGCAGCGGUGCCGGGCGCUGGAGAAGCAUAAUGUGCAGCUGGUGGCGAAGGUGGAGCAGCUGCAGGAGCGGCUUGGGGAUAGAAGGGGAAAGGGGGGAGGAGAGGCGGAGCGGGAGGGGGAGCAGGAGGGGGCGGGGGAGGGGGAGGAGGAGCAGGAGGGGGGGUUGCGGGCAGUAGUAGUGGUGGUGGUGGUGGUGGUGGUGGUGGUGGUGGUGGUGGUGGUGGUGGUGGUGGUGGUGGUGGUGGUGGUGGUGGUGGUGGUGGUGGUGGUGGUGGUGGUGGUGGUGGUGGUGGUGGUGGUGGUGGUGGUGGUGGUGGUGGUGGUGGUGGUGGUGGUGGUGGUGGUGGUGGUGGUGGUGGUGGUGGUGGUGGUGGUGGUGGUGGUGGUGGUGGUGGAGGAGGAGGGGUGGAUGGAGGGAGUGAGGAGUGAAGGGGCGGGGAGGGGAGGGAGAGAAGCACCAGGUUGGGACGGAGAGGGAAAGGAUAGGGAUGAGGGCGCACUGCGGGUAAAGGGAAGUGUCAGUAACGGACAGGUGGGCUGGGCUGCAGCUUCAGCGGCCUUACUCUCAUCAACUCGUGCUGUUUUAGGGAGAGGAGGGCGCACUGCGGUUGACGGGGGGGGUCUGGAGAAGAGAAGCGAGGUUAGCGGGGGGAAGGUGGGGGGGGGAUGGGGGGAGGGAAAGUGGGUGAGGGGAGAGGAGGGAUAG